CCGCGCCGCUCCGCCGGUUCUCCCCCAAGAUGGCCGCCGAGGUGGGAUCGAUGUUUCGAUACCGGACGCGGUUUGAUGUCCGCCGGCUCCAGGUGAUUGCACUUAGUAAGAGAAGCAAAGAGGCAGAGACGGCGUUCCUCAGCGUUUACAAGCAAUUGAUUGAAGCUCCAGACCCUGCUACCCGGAGCCUGGAGGACCGUCUGCAGCAGCUCCAGCGCCUUGAGCCCGAACCCACCCCCCUGAAGGACCUGGGCCGCCCUUGGAAGAAGCACCCUGAGCUUUUCCUCCCCAAAGGUACCCCCCGGCACUGCCCACCCCGUCGGAUGAGGGUGGCAGUGACCGUCCCCAGCCGGGGCACCUCUGAGCAUCCCUGGAAUACUACGGAUCUCAGGGCCAGGACCUGUCCCCUGGCCUGCGGUCCCCUGCUGCCACCGCCGCUGUCCCCAGCGUGGCCGUGUGGGACGUGUCCCCCCGCAGAGCGCAGAGAGGGGACCUCGCCGGCGGUCGGGCUCGUGGCAGCGGCCGAGCUCCCCGGCACCGAGGGCAAAGCACCGUGUGCUGAAACCUUGCUGCAGAGAAAUGAGGCUGAAAAGCAAAAGGGGCUGCAGGAAGCACAGGUCACUUUGGCUGCACGGCUGGGAGAGGCAGAGGAGAAGAUCAAAGUGCUCCACACAGCACUGAAAGCCACCCAGACAGAGCUGCUGGAGCUGCGGUGUAAAUACGACGAGGAAGCAGCAUCCAAGGCAGAUGAAGUAGCCAUGAUCAUGACAAACCUCGAAAAAGCCAACCAGCGAGCGGAGGCGGCGCAGAGGGAAGUGGAGAGCCUGCGGGAGCAGCUGGCAGCAGUCAACAGCUCCCUCCGCCUGGCCUGCUGCUCCCCCCCAGGCACUGCCGGGGACAAAGUGAACUAUUCCAUGUGCUCAGGGUCGAGGCUAGAGGCAGCUCUGGCUGCCAAGGACCGGGAGAUCCUGAGGCUCCUGAAGGAUGUGCAGCACCUCCAGAGCUCACUGCAGGAGCUGGAGGAAUCCUCUGCCCACCAGAUCGCCGAGCUGGAGGGGCAGCUCGCUGCCAAGAAUGAAGCCAUCGAGAAGCUGGAGGAGAAGCUGCAGGCACAGGCGGACUAUGAGGAGAUCAAAACCGAGCUGAGCAUCCUGAAGGCGAUGAAGGUGGCCUCCACAGGCUGCAGCCUUCCCCAGGCAAGUGCCAUGGCACCCACCGACACGCUGGCCAGGCUGGGCUGUGUGUGCCGGUCCGGCCACCGGCGCCUCCGCCGCCAUUUCCCAUCUGGGCUUGGCUCCUUGCAGAGCAUAUCGAAGGCAGAGGAGGCCCUGCUGCUGGGGAAGGAAGCUUUCUACCCCUCGCAGAAGUACCUACUGGAGAAGCCCAACCUCCUGGCCAGUGCAGAGGAGGAUCACUCUGAAGACGAGGCGGGGAAGGAUUCACUGGCCAUGGAGCAGCCAUACCCAUCCCCCCAGCACGCCCCAGCGGAUGAACCCACCUCCCCUGCACCCCUGCCUGGCCCCGGGAUGGCCCCUGAUACCCCCCGCCCUUUCUCACUAUCCCCCUUCCCAGGGGGUGAACGGCUUUCGGGGGACCCCAAGCCCCCCCACCUCCAUCCACCUGCCUACAAGAGUGAGCCCUCUGGUGGGGGGGGCCCAUCCUUGCCCUCCACCUUCUUCGGGGCCAAAAGCAGCACCGGAACCCCGGCCACCGUGCCGGCCCCCAGCCCGCCCAGCGAGCCCUCUGAGGGCAGCAGUGCUGAGGAGGAGCAGCUGGACACGGCCGAAAUCGCCUUCCAGGUGAAGGAGCAGCUGCUGAAGCACAACAUCGGGCAGAGGGUGUUUGGGCACUACGUGCUGGGGCUGUCCCAGGGCUCUGUCAGCGAGAUCCUGGCCCGGCCCAAACCCUGGCGCAAGUUGACGGUGAAGGGGAAGGAGCCGUUCAUCAAGAUGAAGCAGUUCCUCUCUGACGAGCAGAAUGUGCUGGCCCUGAGGACUAUCCAGGUGCGCCAGAGAGGUAGCAUCACACCACGGAUCAGGACACCGGAGACCGGCUCUGACGACGCCAUCAAAAGCAUCCUGGAGCAGGCAAAGAAGGAGAUUGAGUCACAGAAGGGAGGGGAACCCAAAACACCUUCAGCAUCACAGGCAGUGGCCAACGGGGCAGGUGGCAGCAGCUCAGAGGAGGCCAUCAAAAGCAUCCUGGAGCAGGCACGGCGAGAGAUGCAGGCGCAGCAGCAGGCGCUGCUGGAGAUGGAGUCGGGAGGCAGCGGGCGCCCCGGGGACACCCCCCCUGCUGAGCGCUCCACGUUGGCCACCGUCAGCCAGAACAUCGUCCCCACCUACGUCAAGCAGGAGGAGGGAAGUGGGUCCAGCCCUGGACCCCCCCAGACGCCCCUGGCUGUCCUCUCUCCCGCUGCCUUUGUCCAGAGCAUCAUCCGGAAGGUGAAGUCGGAGAUCGGGGACGCCGGCUCCUACUUUGACCAGCACUGGGCAUCGGAGCGGAGCCUGCUCAGCCGGCCCUACACCUCCGUCUCCCCUUCCCUCUCCUCCUCCUCCUCGAGCUACUCCAGCAUGGCCAACGGCCGGGGCUGGCCACGGGGUGAGCCUGGUGAAAGUGGUGCUAACGAGGAUGAGUUGGCACCAGUGGACGAUGAGCCCCAGCGGGUGACGGAGAUGAAGGCGGAGGGAGCGGGCGCAGAGCCCGGGCCGGGUGGUCGCCUCUCCUACUACCCUGCCUAUGUGCCACGGACCCUGAAGCCCACUGUGCCACCACUGACACCAGAGCAGUACGAGAUGUACAUGUACAGGGAGGUGGACACGCUGGAACUGACCCGUCAGGUCAAGGAGAAGUUGGCCAAGAAUGGCAUCUGCCAAAGGAUCUUUGGAGAGAAGGUGCUGGGACUGUCCCAGGGCAGCGUCAGUGACAUGUUGUCACGUCCCAAACCAUGGAGCAAGCUGACACAGAAGGGACGAGAGCCCUUCAUCCGCAUGCAGCUCUGGUUGACCGACCAGUUGGGCCAAGGCAUCAGCCAGCAGCCAACCCCCUCUCAGGCCAGCCCCGUGGAGCCCCAGCUGUCCCCCUCGCCGCCCCCCAGCCCUGCUGAGCAGGAGAAGGGCUGCCAGGAGCCCCUCACCCUGGCCUUGGAGAGCAGCAAGGAGAACCAGCAGCCUGAGAGCCGGUCCACACCUGCAUUGGGUGGGAAGAGCUACCCCAACAGCCAGGGACCUGUGGGCAUCCAGGAGAUCGUGGCCAUGUCCCCCGAGUUGGACACCUACUCCAUCACCAAGAAGGUCAAGGAGGUCUUGACAGACAACAAUUUAGGCCAGCGGCUGUUUGGGGAGAGCAUCCUGGGCCUGACGCAGGGCUCGGUGUCCGAUCUCCUCUCCAGACCCAAGCCGUGGCACAAGCUGAGCCUGAAGGGGAGGGAGCCCUUCGUCCGCAUGCAGCUCUGGCUCAACGACCCCCACAACGUGGAGAAGCUGCGUGACAUGAAGAAGCUGGAGAAGAAAGCCUACCUGAAACGUCGCUACGGGCUGAUGGGCACCGGCUCGGACAGCGAGUCCCCCAGCGCCCGCUCCGAGUGCGCCAGCCCCGGCCUGCAGCCACAGGACCUCAGCCUCCUCCAGAUCAAGAAGCCACGGGUGGUGCUGGCCCCAGAGGAGAAGGAAGCCCUGAAGAAAGCCUACCAGCUGGAGCCCUACCCCUCCCAGCAGACCAUUGAGUUGCUCUCCUUCCAGCUCAACCUCAAGACCAACACCGUCAUCAACUGGUUUCACAACUACAGGUCACGGAUGCGCCGGGAGAUGCUGGUGGAGGGCACUCAGGACAACGACACGGACCCAGAGCAGAGCAGUGGGACGGCCAUCCCUGGGCACCGGCCACCCCACAGCCCCGAUUCGGAUGCUGAGGACCAUAAACCCACGUUUGGGGUGACCGAACACCCUUGUGCCACCACCACGCCAGUCAAGGUGAAGGAGGAAGAGCAGGGGGACGCGGGCGGUUGGAGCCGCUGGCGGGACUCGCGCAGCCCAGCCGGGGCGGCUGAGGGGACCGGACCCCCUCAGGAGGAGCGGGGGGCAGCCCCUCACGCCGCCGCCCCCAACGCCGGCAGCCUGCCGCGGCGGGGGGGUCGUGCCGGUGCCAACACGGGGGGACCCCCACCGCCACCACACCCCGACAGCUCCCAGUCCUCCGCCGGCUCAUCCCAUUGCAGUUUGGAGGUUUCCCCAACGUCACCUUCAGCGGCCUCCUCUCCCGGCCUUGCCGGCUCGGCCUCACCGGGCCCAUCCUCUGCCGGGCCGGUUUCACCGGCUCUGCCACCGGCUCCCGGCCCCCGGCUCAGCACCAGCGUCCAGCGGCGCCAUGAGAAGAUGGCCAACCUCAACAACAUCAUCCACCGCCUGGAGCGGGCUGCCAACAGGGAGGAGGCCCUGGAGUGGGAGUUCUGACCUCCUCCACCCCGCUGCCCUCAGUAUAUAUCCACACAUCCGUAUAUAUAUAAAUAUAUAUAUAUAUAUUUUGUUAAAUGCAGCACGCACCGAGAGGCCACAGGCGGCCAGCACCAUGUUGGUGGAAAAGGGGGGGAGGGUCCCCUGCUAUGAAGC